UUUCAAGCCAGAGAUUUCUCUUGGGCUUACUUGUUUUGACUUGUAACUACAAAUAUGUCUUGUCUAAGUGUCCAAUCACAUUGUAAAACAAAAUGCCCAUCUCUAGAGUACCAGCAUCAUCUGAGGCAACAUGAGUCCUAAAUGUAUAUUUUGGGGCAUUGUCUAACUUUUCUGCCCCUCUGAUUUCCACAGGAUUUUAUAUUGCUUCCCCUGAGAUCAAGCAAAGCAAGAUGGUUUUGGAAAUGCUGAACCCAAUGAACAUCAGCAGCAUGGUGUCUGAAGCUGUCCUUUUUGGCAGCAUUGCAAUCCUGCUGCUCAUUGGCUUACUUCUCUGGGUUUGGAAUUAUGAGGGCACAUCCUCAAUACCAGGUCCUGGCUAUUUUCUGGGAAUUGGGCCCCUCAUUUCCCACUUCAGGUUCCUCUGGAUGGGGAUUGGCAGUGCCUGCAACUACUACAACAAAAUGUAUGGAGAAUUCAUGAGGGUCUGGAUAGGUGGAGAGGAAACACUCAUUAUUAGCAAGUCUUCAGGUAUGUUCCACGUAAUGAAGCACAGUCAUUACACGUGCCGAUUUGGCAGCAAACUUGGGUUGGAAUGCAUUGGCAUGCAUGAAAAAGGCAUCAUGUUCAACAAUAAUCCAGCCCUCUGGAAAGCUGUUCGACCUUUCUUUACAAAAGCUCUGUCCGGCCCUGGCCUGGUGCGCAUGGUGACCGUCUGUGCCGAUUCCAUCACCAAGCACCUGGACAAGCUGGAGGAGGUCCGCAAUGACUUGGGCUACGUGGACGUGUUGACCCUCAUGCGGCGCAUCAUGCUGGACACCGCUAACAACCUCUUCCUGGGGAUCCCGUUGGACGAAAGUGCUCUCGUGGAUAAAGUCCAGGGUUAUUUUGAUGCAUGGCAAGCUCUCCUUCUCAAACCAGACAUCUUCUUUAAGAUUUCUUGGCUGUACAGAAAGUAUGAAAAGUCUGUCAAGGAUUUGAAAGACGCCAUGGACAUUCUAAUAGAAGAAAAAAGACACAGGAUUUCAACAGCAGAGAAACUGGAAGACUCUAUGGAUUUCACCACUCAGUUGAUUUUUGCUGAGAAACGUGGCGAAUUAACAAAGGAGAAUGUGAACCAGUGCGUACUGGAAAUGCUGAUUGCAGCGCCAGACACCAUGUCUAUCACUGUGUUCUUCAUGCUGUUUCUCAUUGCAAAUCACCCCAAGGUUGAAGAGGAACUAAUGAAGGAAAUCUACACUGUUGUUGGUGAAAGAGACAUAAGGAAUGAUGAUAUGCAAAAACUCAAAGUGGUGGAAAACUUUAUUUAUGAGAGCAUGAGGUACCAGCCUGUUGUGGACCUUGUCAUGAGAAAAGCCUUAGAGGAUGAUGUCAUUGAUGGCUACCCGGUGAAAAAGGGAACCAACAUUAUCCUGAAUAUUGGAAGAAUGCAUAGACUCGAGUUUUUCCCCAAGCCCAAUGAAUUUACUCUUGAGAACUUUGCCAAGAAUGUUCCUUACAGGUACUUCCAGCCAUUUGGCUUUGGGCCCCGGGCCUGUGCAGGAAAGUACAUUGCCAUGGUCAUGAUGAAGGUCAUCUUGGUCACACUUCUGAGACGCUUCCAAGUGCAAACACAGCAAGGCCAGUGUGUUGAAAAUUUGGAGAAGAAAAAUGACUUAUCCCUACACCCAGAUGAGACCAGCGGCCUGCUGGAAAUGAUUUUCAUCCCAAGAAAUUCAGACAAGUGCCUCGAGCACUAAAGAAAGUUGGUCAGUCCCUGUCCAUCCACAUGGAAGCCACCCGUCUUUGCCAGGUAGUCCUUCUCAUAUGAACAUUCUAUGACCUGUAGCAUUUUAUAGGCUUACCUCCUAAAGGUUGUCAGCAAAUCAAGUGACACUGGUCGUCUGAGCUUAUUCACACCAGAAAUCAGACUGCCAAAGAAAAUAUAGAGAUCAAGAUUUUUUGUGGGAAUUGGUCAGUGAGGAAACUCCAGCCCUAAGGGCCCAAUUCCACAAAACGUGCUUUGAGAAAAAAAGGCUAUCAGCAAAGCUUAUGCCCAGCUCUCCAUGGGAUCUCCACUGCCCUGCCCUGAGAUGGGAGCUUUUUAAUGUCUGAGGCAGAGGCUCUGAAAUGGAUUACAAAGGAUAGGGCAACAUCUGGGAAACCGGGAGUAAACACACCUGCUAAUGUGGUUUUGAUUUGGUUUUUGGUAGGGCUGGGGACUGCAACAUCCAUAUCCUUCCUUGGAGAAAUGCUAAUCAGCAUUUGAUUUUUCCCAUGAACUACAUUCAGUUAAUUCUUGUUUAUCCACAUGUGAUUUGUCUGUGGCAGUCUAUCCUGUGGAAGUCUGUCCUUUCCUAAUCUCUCAAUUUAUGCCUCAGCCACUUAACUCUGAUACAAUAGAUGUAGAUUCAGGUAUUACAAGGUAACUUAGUAAUAACCUGAGUAAAAUAAAAUUAGGACUAUGUAUCUGCUGUGGAAAAAAAAAUUGCGCAAUGUAUUUAAAAUUCAAUUAAAAUUCCUUUUUUCAUGUC